AUGCAAGAGGAGAGCCCCGCCCAGCCGCGGGACUCGGUGGACAGUUCCAUGCACGGCGCGAGGGUCGGCCCGAUGGCGGAGUCCACGACGAGCGCAGGGAGCGCGCGCACCGACACCUACGAGUCCUGGAAGGCCCAGUUCCCCUGCAUCCUGGGAAACUUCCAGACGUUCGCGGACGAGUCGCACGGCAAACGCGUGGUCAUUUUCCUCGACUAUGACGGCACGCUCACCCCCAUCGUCAACGACCCCGACAAGGCGCUGCUCUCGGACGGCAUGAGGGAGACCAUUCAGCAGCUAGCCAAGCUGUUCCCCACCGCGAUCGUCUCGGGCCGCGCGCGGGCGAAGGUGGAGGCCUUCGUGCGGCUCGACGAGCUCAUGUACGCGGGCUCGCACGGCCUCGACAUCGCCACGCCGCUCGGCGUCGACGAGCACGACCUCCACCACGUCUCGGACCACUACCAGUACCAGCCCGCGCAAGACAUCUGCCCGCUCAUGGACGAGUUGCACGACAAGCUGGUCGCAGCGCUGCAAGGGAUCCCCGGAGCGUCAGUGGAGCACAACAAGUACUGCCUGUCGGUGCACUGGCGGAAUUGCGCGGACCGGCACGGCGAGGUGCGCGCCAUCGUGGACGCGCACGUGGACCCGGAGCACCCGCGCGCCAAGGUCACGCGCGGCCGCAAGGUCUUCGAGAUCCGGCCGCGCAUCGACUGGGACAAGGGGCGCGCCCUCUCGCACCUCCUCGCGCUGAUGCAACUCACGUCGGCGCCCGACGUGCUGCCCAUCUACAUCGGGGACGACCGCACGGACGAGGACGCGUUCCGAGUGCUGCACGAGGCCGGCGCGGGCUUCGGCGUGCUCGUUUCGAGCAUCGCGAAGCCGACGACGGCCAAGUACACGUUGCGGGACCCGGCGGAGGUGCAGAGCUUCCUGCAGCGGCUGGUGGCGCACGGGCGGUGUCCGCGGCGCAACGCGUGGCUCAGCGGGAACGGGCUGACGCUGGCCGCGAAGGCGGCGCGCGGGCACGAGCCGGGGCACCUGCAGAUCUGGCGGCCGCACCCAGACGCGCCAGGGGCGGGUGGGGGGGAGUGCUGCGGGGACGCGGAGGCGCAGUGGCCGCGGGACGCGCCGGCGGAGGACGCGGCCGCACCGCUGUCGCCGCUCGUGGCCGCGGAUGGCGGCCGGUAG